AUGAGUUAUAUCAUACCGAAGGGAUGGAAAGUUCUAGUUUGGUCAAGAGCUAUUCAUAUGAAUCCUGAAUAUUACCCAAAUCCAAAAGAAUUUAAUCCAUCAAGAUGGGAUGAUUACAAUGCUAAAGCGGGAACCUUCCUUCCCUUUGGAGCAGGAAGCAGGCUUUGUCCUGGAAAAGACAUAUCCAAUCUCCAAACUUCUGUAUUUCUACAUUAUUUUCUCCUUAAUUACAGGAUGUAUCAGGGUAGAAGAGGUUUGAAACCUACUUUCGUAGCUGGGGUUGAAGAGUUUGUAAGAAAAGCCUGUGAACAAGAAAGUUAUGUUAAUGAACGACAACUUAGAUGUCCAUGCAGUAAAUGUGAGUCUACAAGGAUUUAUGAUGUUCAAACAGUGAGGGUUCAUCUCUACAAGCAUGGCUUUAUGCCCGAAUACUUUAUUUGGACUGAUCAUGGGGAAGGCGUACAAAAUAUUUCCCGUAAUGUCGACGAUGCUUCAAGUAGUGGUAUACAUGUGACAGAAAGUGAAACAUUUAAUACGAUGCAUGAGAUGUUGCGUGAUGCUGUUAGACAACACGGGUCGUUUGAGAUACCAGAAACAAACUUUGAAGAGCCUCCGAAUGAAGCAACCCGACAAUUUUAUAACCUAUUAAUGGAGUCAAAUGAACCAUUAUUUGAAGGAUCAUCAGAGUCAAAAUUAUCAAUUUGUGUUAGACUUUUAGCAUGCAAGUCGAAUUGGAAUGUCCUUGACCAAUGUGUAGAUUUUAUAACAAAAAUGCUUCUAGAUAUAGCUCCGAUGAAUACAACUUUGCCAAAAAAUUACUAUGAUGCUAAACGAUUAGUAUCGAAGCUUGGAUUGACUGCUAGAAAGAUUGAUUGUUGUAGACAAGGGUGCAUGCUGUUUUAUGAUAAUGAAUAUGGGAAAAAUGAUGGAGCACUAGCCUGUUGCAAAUUUUGUGACAUGCCAAGGUAUCGUGAUCGCAACAUAGGGGCAAACACAAAUAAACUAGUUCCAGUGAAGACAAUGUUCUAUUUACCUAUAAUUCCAAGGUUGCAGAGACUGUUUGCAUCAAUGCAAACUGCAGGUCACAUGUGUUGGCAUCAUGAAUUUAAAAAUAGCUCAGGCGUGUUACGUCAUCCCUCAGAUGGUGAAGCUUGGAAACACUUCAAUCGGGUACAUGCAGACUUUGCCGUGGAUCCACGCAACGUACGGUUGGGUUUAUGCUCUGAUGGAUUUAACCCAUUCUAUCAAUCAACAAUCCCUUAUUCUUGUUGGCCUGUAAUUCUGACCCCAUACAAUCUUCCUCCUGAGAUGUGCAUGACCAAGCCAUUUAUGUUCUUAACUUGUUUAAUACCUGGUCCACGCAAUCCAAAGGCAGGAAUUGAUGUGUUUCUCGAACCUUUGGUGGACGAUCUUAAGAAGUUGUGGACCGGUGUAGAAACAUAUGAUAUUUCAAAAAAGAAGAAUUUUAACAUGAGGGCUAGUUUAAUGUGGACUAUAAAUGAUUUCCCUGCAUAUGGGAUGUUGUCCGGUUGGGGAACCCAAGGUAAAUUGGCCUGUCCACAUUGUAUGGAGUAUUCAAAAGCCUUUACGUUAGAAAAUGGGGGAAAAAAUUGUUGGUUUGACUCACAUCGUAGGUUUUUACCUCAUGAUCAUACAUUUAGGAAGAACAAAAAAGCCUUCUUAAAAGGGAAAGUUGAAACAGAUGGCCCACCACCUACAAUGACACCUGAUUUGGUUUGGGGCAGAGUAAUGGAUUUACCAAUGGCCACAGAAAAUCCUCGUUUGCCCAAAUUACGAGGAUACGGCGAGUUUCAUAACUGGAGAAAAAAAAGUAUUUUUUGGAAUCUUCCUUAUUGGAAAGAUAAUCUUUUAAGACACAACCUUGAUGUCAUGCACAUAGAAAAGAAUUUCUUUGACAACAUAUUGAACACUAUCAUGAAUGUUAGUGGUAAAACAAAAGAUAAUGAGAAAGCAAGGAUGGAUCUCACUUUGUAUUGUAGUCGGCCUGACUUAGAACUAAAACCGCUAGCUAAUGGAAAAAUGUUUAAGCCAAAAGCGAAUUACUCUUUAACUAUAGACGAAGCGAAAUCAGUUUGUCGUUGGAUAAAAGAACUAAGGGUGCCUGAUGGUUAUUCAUCAAACUUGGCAAGAUGUGCUGAUGUUGAAAAGGGAAGGAUGCAUGGGAUGAAAAGCCAUGAUUGCCAUGUAUUCAUGGAGUGCUUACUUCCUAUUGCAUUUAGUACAUUGCCAAUGCAUGUUUUGAAUCCACUAAUCGAAAUAAGUCAUUUCUUCAAAGACUUGUGCUCUACCACAUUGAGGUAUGACGAUUUGGUUAAAAUGGAAGAAAACAUUCCACUAAUUCUCUGCAAGUUGGAGAGAGUAUUUCCCCCCGCAUUUUUUGAUUCAAUGGAACAUCUCCCAAUUCAUCUUGCAUAUGAAGCUAGACUUGGCGGUCCAGUGCAAUAUAGGUGGAUGUAUCCUUUUGAAAGGUCAUUCCUCCAAUCUCACCAAGAAGCUAAGUCAACUGCUUCUAGUCGUGUACAUGCUGAUUUUCCUAAUUGGUUUAAGGAUCAAGUUUACAAUGAGCCUUUCAGUGUAACAAACCAACACUUGAGAGAUUUAUCACAAGGCCCGUUUACCGAGGUUAAACAAUGGCACACGUUAUAUGUGAAUGGAUAUAAGUUCCACACUGAUGCAUGGAGUAAAGGUAAAAAGACAAUAAAUAGUGGGGUUUUUGUAAAAGGGCUUAUAGAAGGAGGUGAAGAUGAUUUCUACGGGGUCAUUAAAAACAUAUACGAGCUAGAGUACAAUACUUCAAGCACUUCGAAGAAAGUAAUUGUAUUUUAUUGUGACUGGUUUGAUCCCUCACGAAGAGGUACAAGGAUGGAUUCUAAAAACCAUGUUGUUGAUAUUCGAAUGGAUAGAAGAUAUGUGCCAUAUGAUCCAUUUAUAAUUGCUCAGAAUGUCAGACAAGUAUACUAUCUGUCUUAUCUACCGUCACGAAUAGAUAAACGUGGUUGGUGUGCCGUAAUCAAGACAAAACCUAGAGGUCGCAUAGAAGCUACUGAUGUAGUUGAUGAUGUGCCUUACCAAGAAGACCAAGUUUCACAUGUCAAUGAAAUUGUAGAAGUUGAACCUAUUUUAGGCUUCCGAGAUUCUGAUCAUGGUGUUGAAGUAGAAGAAGAAGCAACAAAAGAAGACACUGAAGAAAACACUGAAGAAGAGGUAUUUCAAGACAAUGAUUUGGAAGAAGACAAUGAUGAAGGGGAAUUUGAUGACAACGAGUCAGAAGAAGACAAUGAAGAAAUGGAAUUGGAGGAUGACAAUUCUGAUUAG